AUGACAGUUUAUGUUGAUGAUAUAGUUGUUACAGGAAAUGAUUUGGAGAGGAUUACAGCCUUAAAAGCCCAUUUGCACAAGCAAUUCAGAAUAAAAGACAUGGGUCUGUUACACUAUUUUUUGGGUUUAGAAAUUACUUAUGUUUCUGAUGGAAUCAUGAUUUCUCAAAAAAGGUUUGUAAAAGAAUUAUUAGCAAGCGUGGGGCAGCAUGAAGAUUUUACAAAGAAAGCUGUUACACCUCUCCCACUAGCUUGCAAGUUACCAAGCACAGAGGGAAAACUUAAUUUCCUUACCAAUACAAGGCCAGAUUUGAGCUUCACAACCCAGUAUCUCAGUCAAUUCGUGCAGACACCAAGAAUUCCAGAUUGGAAUGCAUUACUACAUACCUUAAGAUAUGUGUUUCAUACAGCGAAUCAAGGCAUUCUAUUGCAAAGUUCAAAUCAACUUGUUUUACAAGCUUUUUCUGAUUCAGAUUGGGCUGCUUGUCCAGAUUGA